CGCCCCCCGCGCUGCCCCCGCGCUGCCCCCGCGCAGCUCCGCGCUGCUCCGCCCGGCGCGGCCGCCCGCGGGCCCAGCCGCCGGGGCGGAGCGGGGCGGACCGGAGCGGGCGGGGAGAGGCGCUGCGAUCCCCCGCCGCCGCUCCCCACCCCGCUAUAAGAGGCCCGGCUCCGGCCGCGCUCCGCAGUGGAUGGCAGCGCCGGGCUAGGGGCGCCGCAGCCCCCCCCCCCCCCCCCGGGAGCCUCCCCCGGGCCGGUCCCGGGCAUCGUCCCCCGGCAUCGUCGCCUCGCCCCCUUGACCUCGCCCUCCGGGGGGAUACCCGGCGGGAUAGCGGAGCUACCUCGGGAUGCGUUAGCCGGUGGAUCGCACCGAAAUAUUUCUCCUAGGAAGGAGAGAGGCAACCUUCUGCCGCUGACGGGCGGGCAGAAGAAAAAGAGGAUUUAAAGGACAUCUUUGCCCCCCUUUGUUGAAUGAGAAGGGCAUAGGAGGACCAGCAAGAUGAGCACUAGCACAGUUCCCUAUCAGCAAAACCCCUACACCCCUGGGAGCAGCUCCAACGUCAUCCAGUGCUACCGCUGUGGGGACACCUGCAAGGGAGAGGUGGUGCGCGUCCAGAGCAAUCACUUCCACAUCCGCUGCUUCACCUGCCAAGUGUGUGGCUGUGACCUGGCCCAGUCAGGCUUCUUCUUUAAGAACCAGGAGUACAUCUGCACCCACGACUACCAACAGCUCUACGGGACCCGCUGCGACAGCUGCAGUGACUUCAUCACCGGAGAGGUCAUCUCUGCCCUGGGGAGAACUUACCACCCCAAGUGCUUCGUCUGCAGCACCUGCAGGAAGCCAUUCCCCAUCGGAGACAAGGUCACGUUCAGCGGGAAGGACUGUGUUUGCCAAAACUGCUCCCAUUCUCUCAUCAGCACCAAACCUAUCAAGAUCCAUGGGCCGAGCCACUGUGCAGGCUGCAAGGAGGAGAUCAAGCAAGGCCAGUCCCUCCUCGCCCUGGAGAAGCAGUGGCACGUCAGCUGCUUCAAGUGCCAAACGUGUGGGAUCAUCCUCACUGGCGAGUACAUCAGCAAGGAUGGCGUCCCAUACUGCGAGUCCGACUACCAUGCUCAGUUCGGCAUCAAGUGCGAGACCUGCAACCGGUAUAUCAGCGGCAGAGUCUUGGAGGCAGGAGGGAAGCACUACCACCCCACCUGUGCCAGAUGUGUCCGCUGCCACCAGAUGUUCACGGAAGGAGAGGAGAUGUACCUCACAGGCUCCGAAGUGUGGCACCCCAUCUGCAAGCAGGCAGCCAGAGCAGAGAAGAAGCUAAAGCACAGAAGGACAUCAGAAACCUCCAUCUCACCCCCCGGUUCCAGCAUUGGCUCCCCAAACCGCAUCAUCUGCGCUAAAGUGGAUAAUGAGAUCCUUAAUUACAAAGACCUGGCAGCGCUUCCCAAGAUUAAAGCCAUCUAUGAAGUGCAGCGUCCUGACCUCAUUUCCUACGAGCCCUAUCACAGAUACACGUCGGAUGAGACACUGGAGAGAUAUAGCUAUGGGGAGUCCCUGGGGACCCUUUCCCCGUACUCUCAGGACAUCUACGAGAGCUUUGACAUGCGGCAGAGGCGAGCCUCCAGCCCUGGCUACAUUGACUCCCCCACCUACAGCCGCCAGGGCAUGUCCCCCACCAUCCCAAGGUCCCCCCACCAUUUCUACCGCUCAGAGCCAGGGAGAAACGACUGGGAAAAUCCAAGGGCCCGUCGCUCCCUCCCCCCAGAGUCUUCUGGGCUUGCCAGAUGCCUGCUCCCCUUCUGCAGGGAUUGCAGGGGGCCACCAGCUGCCGGCGAAAGUAACAUCUACCGGAAACCCCCCAUCUAUAAGCGACAUGCCACAAAAAGCAAAACCAGCGAAGACAUUGCACAGUCAUCCAAGUACAGCCCUGCCUACUCCCCAGACCCAUACUACCACUCCGAGUCAGAGUACUGGUCCUUCCAAGGCUCCCCCAAAGCACCCCGGGCCCGGAGGUUCUCGUCGGGAGGUGAGGAGGAUGGAUACGACCGGGGCAUGCACAAGAUCCAGAGUGGCAUUGGCAGGCUGAUCCUGAGGGAGGAGAUGAAGGCUCGGUCCAACUCAUACGCAGAUCCCUGGACACCCCCUCGCAGCUCAGCCAGCAGCAGAGAAGCCCUGCACACAGCUGGCUACGAGGGCACCCUCAAUGGCUCUCCCCGGACGCACUACCUGGCAGACAGCGAUCCCCUCAUUUCUAAGUCGGCCUCCCUUCCUGCCUACAGGAGGAACGGGCUGCACAGGCCUCCCAGUGCCGAGCUUUUCCACUACGACAGCACAAAUGCCGUCAACUGGGGGAUGCGAGAGUACAAGGUAAGACGCUCCUGCUCCAAGGAGCAGCUGCCUGCCGGUAGAGUGCUACCCAGAAGGAGUCCCAGAGCCGUGUCUGUGUGUCCCCAGGCCCUUCAGGAGGAAGCUUUGACCUCUGCCCGCAAAGCCCUACCUUCAGUCCCCCUCUGUCCCCUACCUGAGAGCCCCAUCCUGGGGGACUCAGACCGGAGUCCUUCCCCUCAUGCUAGGGUCCCAAGCACUUAUCCAAGUAGAAGCGUCUCCUGGUUGAGGAACAGAGAAGGGUGUUUGUGCUGGUGGUUCCCUACUCACACUCAUCCCUGGGUCGCUCCUGGUUUUGCAUCGUGAGCAGGCUAUUCCAGAGCCACCAAGGUGAUUCAAGGUGGAUUAGGGUCACCCGGAGAGCAAGUCCCCCUCUCCAUUGUCCUGUCCAAGCCCUGGAGGCAGCUAUGCCACCCAAACCCUGCUAAACAUGG